CAUGUCUAUGGUGAUAUGCUGGAAGAGAAGGGAUCUAUGUGACGCACAGUGAUGACGUCGCCAGCGGCAACCCGGAAAAGAAGCAACUAUGUGAACACAAGACUUAAUUCUUCUCGUCUGCUUCCACGUCGCCGGACUCAAAUAUCUCCUCUGGCAGCCAGCGACAAUGACAUGUAAUGUCGUCUUACACUCCGCUAGGACAUGUAAUGUCGUGUUAGGCAGUCAGCAACAAGGACAUAUAAUGUCGUUUUAAGCAGUCGCGCUUAUUCUGUAACUCGCCUUCCGCCUAAGACAACAUCUCAGUGUACGUACUGCUCAUAUCUCUGUGUACUUACUGCUCGACUACAGCUCACAUCGUGCUUCUUCACUACACAUUUUAUUAAAUCCACAGCUCGCUCCUUUAGUACACACUUAAAUCCACAGCUCGCUUCUUUAGUACACACUUAAAUCCACAGCUCGCUUCUUUAGUACACACUUGAAUCCACAGCUCGCUCCUUUAGUACACACUUAAAUCCACAGCUCGCUUCUUUAGUACACACUUGAAUCCACAGCUCGAUUCUUUAGUACACACUUAAAUCCGAAGCUCGCUUCUUUAGUACACACUUGAAUCCACAGCUCGCUCCUUUAGUACACACUUGAAUCCACAUCUCGCUUCUUUAGUACACACUUGAAUCCACAGCUCGCUUCUUUAGUACACACUUGAAUCCACAGCUCGCUUCUUUAGUACACACUUGAAUCCACAGCUCACUUCUUUAGUACACACUUGAAUCCACAGCUCGCUUCUUUAGUACACACUUGAAUCCACAGCUCGCGUCUUUAGUACACACUUGAAGGCCGGCCAUUGGUGGUCCACGUGGGCGAAGUAGCCACGUCACUUAGCGUGUCAGCUUCAUUCCCUUGGCGCCUUUUAUUGCUGCCAUCUCCCACUUGGACAUCUGUCCAGCAGCAUGUCUCCCAUGGGCAUCAGAAUGUCUCCUUUUGGUGUGGCCGUCUUCUGCUUCUUCGGGGUGGCCAUCGUCUUGUACCACCUGUACGCCGGCGUCCUCACCGGCAGACUGGCGGCUCUCAGAAAAAAAGACGUGGAUCUGAGAGAACUUCUGGCUGCAUCAGUGGAGGCUGCAGUUCUUGGAGGCAAAGAGGUGAAAAAGGUGCGUGAGGAAAACAGUCUAAAGGAGAGAUCAAAGGGCAAGACAAAGGAGGGGGAGAAUGAGCUUCUGACCAUGGGUGACCUGCUCUCACAUAGAAAGAUGUACAACCUUAUUAGGAACACCUUCCCUGAAGUCACGGUGAACAGUGAGGAGCAUGACAACAUGGUGGACCAGAUUGCAGUCUGGAGCCGGGACAUCCCAGCCGACAUUGUGGAAAAGAUAGAAGGAGGCAGGAAAGUUCCUGCAGAGAGUGUGACAGUGUGGAUUGACCCUUUGGACGCCACGCAGGAGUAUACAGAGAACCUGGUCAAGUACGUGACCACCAUGGUGUGUGUGGCUGUGGACGGGAGACCUGUCAUUGGGGUCAUACACCAGCCCUUCACUGGCUUCACAGCCUGGGCGCUGGUGCAUCAUGGAUCCAACAUGAGUCCUCGCUCGGCGUACAGUGUUAGCCCUCCCAAGGUCAUCGUGUCCCGUUCCCACUCGGGGAAGGUGAAGAGCUACAUUCGGAAUGCUUUUGGGAAUGGAACAACAAUUGUAGAAGCGGGAGGAGCAGGGUACAAGGUGCUGUCGCUGUUGCAAAUGCCGGCAGGUGAUCAGGACGAUGUGGACCAGGCCGACGUCUACGUCCACAUCACUUUCAUUAAGAAGUGGGACAUCUGUGCUGGGGCAGCACUUCUGACUGCCAUGGGGGGACACAUGACAUCUCUGAAGGGAGAAGACAUUGACUACAGUGAGACGGCGCUCACCACAGGGGGUCUGGUGGCCAGCGUGGGUGUGGAUCAUAAGUCCAUCCUGGAGCGGCUGCCAAGCUGGGAUCCCAACAAGCAGUGAAAGGUGUGUUGCAGCAGACAGACAAGACCUCUUUCUGGCUACACAAGCUGCUCUUUCUUACUUUAGCAACAUGGACAUCACAAGCAAUGAUAGCAAGUUGCCUUCCUGUCAAAGACGCUAACACCUUCCCUGUCACAUUUGGCUCUGCAUGAAACUUCAUAUUUGACUUGUAGAAUCUGUGAAGGACCAUUCAAGUAUAAAAGGAGCACAAUGCCACUGGAUGAACAAGCUGAAGCUUGGAAGGACGAGGAUGUAACAUUUCUACAUGGAGCAUGUAACAUUUCUACAUGGAGCAUGUAACAUUUCUACAUGGAGGAUGUAACAUUUCUACAUGGAGGAUGUAACAUUUCUACAUGGAGGAUGUAACAUUUCUACAUGGAGGAUGUAACAUUUCUACAUGGAGGAUGUAACAUUUCUACAUGGAGCAAGUAACAUUUCUACAUGGAGCAUGUAACAUUUCUACAUGGAGCCUGUAACAUUUCUACAUGGAGGAUGUAACAUUUCUACAUGGAGCAUGUACAUUUCUACAUGGAGGAUGUAACAUUUCUACAUGGAGCAUGUAACAUUUCUACAUGGAGGAUGUAACAUUUCUACAUGGAGGAUGUAACAUUUCUACAUGGAGGAUGUAACAUUUCUACAUGGAGGAUGUAACAUUCCUACAUGGAGGAUGUAACAUUUCUACAUGGAGGAUGUAACAUUUCUACAUGGAGGAUGUAACAUUCCUACAUGGAGGAUGUAACAUUUCUACAUGGAGGAUGUAACAUUUCUACAUGGAGCAUGUAACAUUUAUACAUGGAGGAUGUAACAUUCCUACAUGGAGGAUGUAACAUUUCUACACGGAGGAUGUAACAUUUCUACACGGAGGAUGUAGCAUUCCUACACGGAGGAUGUAACAUUCCUACACGGAGGAUGUAACAUUUCUACACGGAGGAUGUAACAUUCCUACACGGAGGAUGUAACAUUUCUACACGGGGGAUGUAACAUUCCUACACGGAGGAUGUAACAUUCCUGCAUGGAGGAUGUAACAUUCCUACAUGGAGGAUGUAACAUUUUUACAUGGAGGAUGUAACAUUUCUGCAUGGAGGAUGUAACAUUUCUGCAUGGAGGAUGUAACAUUUCUACAUGGAGGAUGUAACAUUCCUACAUGGAAGAUGUAACAUUUCUGCAUGGAGGAUGUAACAUUUCUACAUGGAGGAUGUAACAUUUCUACAUGGAGGAUGUAACAUUUCUACAUGGAGGAUGUAACAUUUCUACAUGGAGGAUGUAACAUUUCUACACGGAGGAUGUAACAUUUCUACACGGGGGAUGUAACAUUCCUACACGGAGGAUGUAACAUUCCUACAUGGAGGAUGUAACAUUUUUACAUGGAGGAUGUAACAUUUCUACAUGGAGGAUGUAACAUUUCUUUCUACAUGGAGGAUGUAACAUUUCUACAGGGAGGAUGUAACAUUUCUACAUGGAGGAUGUAACAUUUCAGGAUGUGACAUUUCUACAUGGAGGAUGUAACAUUUCUGCAUGGAGGAUGUAACAUUUCUGCAUGGAGGAUGUAACAUUUCUGCAUGGAGGAUGUAACAUUUCUACAUGGAGGAUGUAACAUUCCUACAUGGAGGAUGUAACAUUUCUGCAUGGAGGAUGUAACAUUUCUACAUGGAGGAUGUAACAUUUCUGCAUGGAGGAUGUAACAUUUCUACAUGGAGGAUGUAACAUUCCUACAUGGAAGAUGUAACAUUUCUGCAUGGAGGAUGUAACAUUUCUACAUGGAGGAUGUAACAUUUCUACAUGGAGGAUGUAACAUUUCUACAUGGAGGAUGUAACAUUUCUACAUGGAGGAUGUAACAUUUCUACACGGAGGAUGUAACAUUUCUACACGGAGGAUGUAACAUUCCUACACGGAGGAUGUAACAUUUCUACACGGGGGAUGUAACAUUCCUACACGGAGGAUGUAACAUUCCUGCAUGGAGGAUGUAACAUUCCUACAUGGAGGAUGUGACAUUUUUACAUGGAGGAUGUAACAUUUCUACAUGGAGGAUGUAACAUUUCUACAUGGAGGAUGUAACAUUUCUGCAUGGAGGAUGUAACAUUUCUACAUGGAGGAUGUAACAUUCCUACAUGGAAGAUGUAACAUUUCUGCAUGGAGGAUGUAACAUUUCUACAUGGAGGAUGUAACAUUUCUACAGGGAGGAUGUAACAUUUCUACAUGGAGGAUGUAACAUUUCAGGAUGUGACAUUUCUACAUGGAGGAUGUAACAUUUCUGCAUGGAGGAUGUAACAUUUCUGCAUGGAGGAUGUAACAUUUCUGCAUGGAGGAUGUAACAUUUCUACAUGGAGGAUGUAACAUUCCUACAUGGAGGAUGUAACAUUUCUGCAUGGAGGAUGUAACAUUUCUACAUGGAGGAUGUAACAUUCCUACAUGGAAGAUGUAACAUUUCUGCAUGGAGGAUGUAACAUUUCUACAUGGAGGAUGUAACAUUUCUACACGGAGGAUGUAACAUUUCUACAGGGAGGAUGUAACAUUUCUACAUGGAGGAUGUAACAUUUCAGGAUGUGACAUUUCUACAUGUAGUCUAGAAAAGGCAUCAUGCAGAUGCUUGGCUUUUAACAUGUAAAUAUCAUUUGUUUUUCAAGGAGUGCAAAAUUAUCUUCAUUACUUUGUUCAUAUCUAUUUCUAAAAAGAAAGUGGGUUUUGGUGUACAGGUGUUUAUUUAGUUGUUCUCCCCUCCAAAUAUACAAAUAAGUUAUUGCCAGAGAACAUAACUGUGAAAAGAAUCAAGCAACUGGACUAAUAAAUGGUGCUAGCACACAGACUUUUAUGGGAAAUGCUUAGAAUGAUGUUCUGUUCCAGAAUAAAGUCAACGUUUAUUCAA